AUGAAUGAAUUCCUGACCUCUGGUUGGAUUGACGUUCUCAAACAAAGAUUUACUAAUCACAAAUUAGGAGAUAACGAAUCCGAUCUGAAUGACCUGUUUGUGAUUUUGUCAAGUCCAUUUUCAAAUUUAGCAACCGAAUAUAAAAGACUCAAAUUUUACGAGAACUCGCGUUUUCUCAUUCAACCAAAAGAAUUCUCCGUUGGUACGUCAUCAGCACCCAGUACUACUAAAGAUACUAGGCAGCUAAAUAUAGUUAAUUUAAAUGCACAAAUGAUACCCUGUAACAAAGUUUUGAAGACAUUCCUUGAACUACCUAAUGUUUUUGAUAAAAUAAUGUUAUAUGUUGAAAAACUUAAAUCAAGUGGAGUUGUAAAAAACAUAGUGCAGACGAAUUUAUGGAAUUCAAUCGAACAAAAAUUCAAUGGCAAAUUAGUCUUACCUCUAAUUCUGUACUUUGAUGACUUCGAAGUGAAUAAUCCAUUAGGCUCUCAUGCAGGAAUUAACAAACUGGGUGCUAUUUAUUACACGAUUGCCUGUAUACCACGAGAAUAUUCUGGUAUGUUAGAAAACAUUUUUGUCGCACAACUGCACAAUACAUUAGAUCAAGCAGAGUUUGGUAAUGUAAAUAUUUUUGGAAGAGUCAUGAAUGAAGUAUCGGAACUGGAAAUUCACGGUAUCGAAAUAGAUGUAUCCGGUAUAAGAACAAAAGUGCAUUUCGCUCUAUCUCUGAUUUCAGGGGACAAUCUCGGUCUUCAUGCCAUUUUAGGUUUCAACACAAGUUUCAAUUCCAACUAUUCAUGUAGAUUUUGUUUAGCGGACAAGCCGAUGUUACAGGGUCUAUUAUCAGAGAAUACUGAAAUUAUCCGAACUAUUGAAAAUUACUCAGAAGAUUUAUCAAAAUUAACUGGUGGCAUUAAAGAACCAUGUAUCUUCAAUGAACUUAGUAGUUUUCAUGUGACUGAAAAUAUAUAUGGUGAUACAAUGCACGACCUAUUUGAAGGUGUAUGUCGAUAUGAUAUGGCAAAAGUUUUAAAUCAUUUGAUAUUUGUAGACAAAUUGUUUUCUCUUGGUAGACUUAAUGAUAGAAUCCGAUUUUUUACUUAUGGUAGCACUGUCACAGGAAAUAUUCCCCCUCAAAUAACUAGCAACGCUCUUAAAAAAGGACAAUUGAUAACUUCGGCAUCAGAAAUGGUUUGUUUAGUUCGCCACCUUGGUUUUAUUAUAGGCGAUCUUGUUCCUAUUGAUAAUGAGGCAUGGGAACUGUACAUUACUCUGAGGGAAAUCAUUUGCAUAGUAAUGGCUACAUCGACUACGGCUGAAUCUGUUCAGCUUCUUGAUACUUUAGUUUCCGAACAUCAUUCAUUAUAUUUAAAAUUAUUCAAUGAGCCUUUGAAACCUAAACACCAUUUUCUAAUUCAUUAUCCUCGUAUUAUGACAACAAUAGGUCCACUAAAAAAUAUUUCUUGCAUGCGCUUCGAAGCUAAACAUAAAGAAUUAAAAACUAUGGCGAAGGUCGUAUCCUCGCGUCGAAAUAUAUCUCGUACACUAGCGCUAAAACAUCAAUUAAAAAUGUGUCAAAGAUUUAUCGCGAAACAAGGUUUUCAAAAACGUAUUUCCUGGGGGGUAGAAUGUCAGACAGAGUUAAACGAUUAUCAUGAUUAUGAUUAUUUCAAAGAUGUGCUACCUAAGAGCAAUAGCGAUGAAUAUAUUUCUGUGUCAUGGGUAAAUGUUAGUGGGACUGUAUAUAAACCUAGUCAAGUUGUAGUAGUAGACGUAAGUGAUCAGUUUUUAUUGUUUGGGGAAGUUCAGUAUAUUUUGAUAGAUUCGGAACAAGAAGCUCACUUUUUAUUCAUUAAUAAAAACACCUUAGGAUUCUCGAAACAUGUCCACGCAUUUGAAGUUACUAGCACAAAAUCUUGGGGCUUCAUAUUUCAGAAAAAUCUUAUUACUUACACGCCAUAUAAUGUACAUACCAUGACGGAUGGUGUCGAUUACGUCAUGUGCCUCUAG